GAGGAAUCUCCUCUUUUCACAAAUCGUUUCGUCGUCUCCGUUAUCAAUUGUCACAAACGAUCGAGAAAAAGAUCAUCAAAUGUCUAACCAAGGCGGGCCAAGACGGAGUUUAUCCAUAACGACUUCCUCAUUACAGAGGAAGAAAUCUAUGGAUAUAAACGAACAAGGUCUCGACGCUGGUCGGAGAUCUCUUUCCAUUUCACGUUCGCCUAGGGGCUUUACAGGAGGAGAGCGAACUGUUAAACGUUUAAGGCUAUCGAAAGCCCUUACAGUACCUGCAACAACGACUAUUUAUGAAGCUUGUAAAAGAAUGGCUUCUCGCAAAGUUGCUGCUUUGUUGUUGACUGACUCUAAUGAAAUGCUUUGUGGCAUUCUUACUGAUAAGGACAUAGCUACAAGAGUGAUCUCACAGGAAGUUAAUGUGGAGGAAACACCUGUUUCCAAGGUUAUGACAAGGAACCCUGUGUUCGUUCUCUCGGAAACACUUGCUGUUGAAGCCCUUCAAAAGAUGGUCCUAGGAAAGUUCAGACAUCUACCUGUUGUUGAAAAGGGGGAAGUGAUUGCUGUACUAGAUAUAGCAAAGUGUCUGUAUGAUGCGAUUGCUCGUAUGGAGAGAGCAGCUGAGAAAGGUAAGGCAAUUGCUGCUGCCGUUGAAGGUGUUGAGAAAAGUUGGGGAACUAACACUUCAGUUCCAAACACUUUCAUUGAAACGCUACGAGACAGGAUGUUUAGACCUUCUUUAUCAACAAUUAUACCAAAUGAUACAAAGGUUUUGAAAGUCUCACCAACAGAUACAGUGUUGAGUGUAACAAAGAAGAUGGUUGAGUUUCAAUCAAGCUGUGCAGUCGUGAUGAUUGAUGAUAAGCUUCGAGGGAUAUUUACUUCCAAGGAUAUACUGAUGCGUGUUGUGGCUGAAAAUCUUUCUCCAUCUGAGACUACUGUGGAACAGGUUAUGACACAGAAUCCAGAAUCUACCACAGUUGACACACCAAUAGUUGAAGCUCUGCACAUCAUGCACGAGGGAAAAUUUUUACACCUUCCUGUUACUACGGAAAAAGAUGGAGAUGUAGUUGCAAUUGUUGAUGUAAUCCAUAUAACUCACGCUGCUGUCGCCACUGCUGGAACUACUGCCGGAGUAGGUAAUGAGGCGACAACCACAAUGAUGCAAAAGUUUUGGGAUUCGGCAAUGGCAUUGUCUCCUAAUGAGGAUGAUGAUGACACGAGAAGUGAGAGCUCCUUGAAAGUUGCUUCUGAAGCUGAGACAGGGAAAUCGUUACCUUUUGCAUAUAUGUUUUCUUUCAAGAUCGAAGACAAGAAGGGUAGAAUGCACAGGUUCAUAAGUGACACUCGUAGUUUGACAGAAGUGAUAACAGCGAUCCUUCAGAGAAUAGGGAAUGACAUUGAUCCAGACAACCUACCUCAAAUUUUGUAUGAAGACGAAGACCAUGAUAAAGUGUUGUUGGCUUCAGAUAGUGAUCUUCAAGCAGCCAUAGACCAUGCCAGAUCAAUUGGCUGGAAGAGUCUGAGAUUACAUUUGGAUGAUUCAAGAGAAGGGAAAGGAAGAAGAAGAGCAUCAGGAUCAGGAUCAGAACCAGAGAGAGAUGCCUGGGCUGCUGCUUACAGUGGAGUUGCAGCUGGUGCAGCAUUAAUAGCUGGUCUUGGUUUUAUGGUUUGUCUCAAAAAAUACGGACGCUGA